GUCAACAGUCGCUAACGCUACGAGCUUUGAUAACGCCACUGAUAAGAAUUCCAAGUUCAGCUGUUCGGCACACCACACCGGCACUUUAGUUUUCGGUCUUAUUUAGUAUUUCGAAUAGUUAUUUCUUUCAACAGUUCACCGCAUUGUACACAUCAUACCUCCUUCUUUUACAACUCCUGUGAGGUUUCUUUUCAGUUUGUUUGUCUGAGAAGACGCUUCCUUGAGUAUACAACUCACGACUGCUGAAAUUACUUCUGAGAACACCGGUUUCCUUGAUCAACAGUACUUACUGAGUUCUUGUAAUGGCAUCUGAAAUUCCCUUCGUAACUUUCAACAAUGGCCAGAAGUUCCCCAUUUUCGGAUUAGGAACCUGGAAAUCGAAACCCGGGCAAGUUGGUCAAGCUGUGAAGGACGCCAUUGAUGCAGGAUACAGGCACAUUGACUGUGCUCAUGUGUAUCAGAACGAGAAAGAAAUCGGCGAGGCUAUCGCAGCCAAAAUCAAAGAGGGAGUGAUCAAGAGAGAAGACCUCUACAUCACCAGCAAACUCUGGAACACAUUCCACCGUCCAGAUCUUGUAGAAGUCGGUCUGAAGACGACCCUCACAGACCUCCAACUGGAUUAUUUAGACCUUUACUUGAUCCACUGGCCACAAGCUUACAAAGAAGGGGGUGAGUUAUUCCCGGCAGACGGUGACAAGGGGCUCUACAGUGAUGUAAGCAUCACUGACACUUGGAAAGCCAUGGAGGUCGUCGCUGAAAAAGGUUUGACUAAGUCUAUCGGAAUCUCAAAUUUCAAUCCUGAGCAGGUUGAGAAUAUUUUGAGUAUCGCCAAAAUCAAGCCGGUCACAAAUCAAAUUGAGGUUCAUCCCUAUCUAACACAGAAGAAGCUGAGAGAGUUCUGCAAGUCCAAAGGUAUUGUUGUGACAGCUUACAGUCCUCUAGGCAGUCCAGACCGACCAUGGGCCAAACCAGGCGAGCCCACAAUAAUGGAUGACCCGAAGUUGAAGGAGAUAGCUGUCAAGUAUAGUAAAUCGACGGCUCAGAUUGCCAUUCGGUACCAGAUUGAAAACGGUAACAUCGUCAUCCCCAAAUCUGUGACUAAGUCCCGCAUUAUUGAGAACAUCAAGGUGUUUGACUUCAAGCUUUCACCAGAAGACAUUGAAGCCAUUGAUGCUCUGAACAAGAACGAUCGCGUUUGUGCCUUGGAGAGGGAUGUGUCGCACAAGGAUUACCCUUUCAAAGCAGAGUUUUAACUUCACCAUUAGGGACUUCUCAAAUUUUCAUAAAUUAUUCACUAUACUUUAAUUUAUUUCCAGUAUUUUAUUUUUUUAAUGAGAUUCAUCACUGUGCCUAUAAUUAUGCAUACUCAGUAUAAAAUAAUGUAUUUUUUUUGCCAUUGAUAAGGAAGAUUCUCCAUUUCUUUCCUUCACAUCUUCCUUAACUUUUUUAAGUGUGCAGUUUCAGUAUUCUCCUAUUGUGUAUCGUCAUUAUAUCUACUCACUUCCAUCGGUGUCAUAUUUUAUAGUUAUAUUGAAUUUUAAGUCUUUUUUUUUGGUGCUUCCGAUCAGUUUUAUUUUUCUUCUCAUGUAUAACGUGUUUGUUUUUUCCUCUCCUAGGAAGGUCCUUUCGUACCCACCAAAAAAAUUAUGUGCUAUCUACAUUUUGUUUACCUACCUACUUGGCGUGAAUUAUAAAUUUCAAUUCUUCAUUUCAA